AUGUCGCCCGUCUCAUCUACCGCCGCACGCUCCUCGCCCAACGGUGAGAUGCCAGCACCUUCGAAUACCAAAACACCUAAAGAACAGCUCAACAAUCAACAUAUGAUGCCGGAUCUUGCCGAUUACUCGGAUGACCUUCUCAACACCGAGCAAGAACUUCGAGAAGUUGUCCAAGAGGAGAUUGCCAUCAGAGAAGAGCUGGGCUGCGAUUCAGCUACAACAAAGCGGCUUGAAUUUCUGAGUACUGAAUAUCAAAUCUUAGCUCGGGAAUGGUGGUUCUAUCGAUCAAACCUCGAGCCGAGCGGCCAAGAACGAGCAUUCGAGCUAUGGAGAUCGAAUCCCCAAUGGUAUAUGCACAGUGAACUGGUCAAGGACUGUGCAGGUCAGCAGGGAUGUUGUGCUCGAAAAUGUGGCUGCUGCUUGAAUCGCAAGAUCGAUGCAUCUCGCAGUCUUGGUAAAGGGCAUUGUACCCUAGAAUGUGGAUGCUGUGCGAAGGCUCGCGGCUCUCAGUUCUCCGAGUCGCAGAAAGCAGACUUGAAAAAGCUUUACAUGCUCGGUGAACGGGGUUACCGUUCGUUUCGGAUCAGCGCUCUGUCAAUUUUUGGCAUUUUUGCGAACAGCCGGGAAACCCCUUUUGACAUGAUCAUUGCACCGCCAAGUUACGAGGAAAGUGAAGCCAGCAAAAAGGCUUCGGCAAUAGUGAAAGCUGGUUAA